UGCAUAAUCCUGUUUUAAGGCGAUAACAAUAAAUACCGAUAAAGCACGAUUCUCAGAGCAAGAAUGGUAUGAUGGAGCACAGUAAUUCAGUGCAAGUUGAGUGUCAGCCAAUAACUUCCUUGGAAGACCUAUUGGCAUGGAAUGAAGAGAAGACACUGCAUCAACCUGUCCAAAUCACUAGGACACCUCUGGCACAGUUUGAUUGUGAUGGAAGACCAUUGGCUGGUUGUGAGCAGCCAAAGCUUCUUGUCUGCCAUGAUAUGAAGGGUGGUUAUCUGGAUGACAGGUGGUAUGGUGGUCACAAUGAUCCAUCAGCAUACACAUUUUACCACUGGUCUCUGGUGGAUGAGUUUGUCUACUUCAGCCAUGAGCUGGUGACAGUGCCACCCUGUGCCUGGGUGGAUGCUGCCCAUAUUCAUGGUGUCGCUAUAUAUGGCACGCUGAUGACCGAGUUUGACGCCGGCGCGGCCAUCUGCCGCCGCCUGCUGCGCUCUGAGGAGACGGUGGACGCCGUCGUCGACCGGCUGGUGGCCGUCAGCCGACACCACGGCCUCGACGGCUGGCUGCUCAACAUCGAGAACCCGAUCGACACGCAGCAGCUGCCGACCCUAUCAUACCUGGUGCGCCGUCUCACCGAGAGGAUGCACGAGGCGGUGCCUCACUCGCGUGUCAUCUGGUACGACUCUGUGACCCGUGACGGCGAGCUACGCUGGCAGGACCAGCUCAAUGAGCUCAAUGAGUGUUUCUUCCGGCUGUGUGACGGCAUCUUCCUCAACUACUGCUGGACUCCUGCCGGUCUGGCGACGUCCCAGCGACGCGCCGGGCCGCGCCGGCGGGACGUGUACGUCGGAGUGGACGUGUUUGGCCGCGGCUGCCCGGGCGGGGGCGGCUUCAACUCGGUCCAGCCGGUGGCCGAGGCGCGCUGGCUGGGUCUCUCUGCUGCCCUGUUCGCCCCCGGCUGGACCCACGAGCGGCUGGGUGCGGAGCGGUUCGCUGCCGCCGAGGACGCGCUGUGGGACCGGCUGGCGCCGCUGCUGCCCGUCUCCGGGCCGGCCCGGCUGCCCCUGGUCACCUCCUUCUGCCAGGGCCGCGGACUCAGGCGCUACAGCCACGGACAGGUGACGGACGAGUCCCCGUGGCACCGGCUGUCGUGUCAGCAGCGGCAGCCGAGCCACCUCCAGGGUAGCCGGCCGGCCGACCUGCCCCUGACAGACGCCGACGGCCGGCCGGUGCCCGCCGCCUUCCAGCUGAGCUGCCCGGCCGCCCUCGGAGCGGCGGAGGACGGCGAGAGAACGGAGAAGUGGCGGGCCGAGCGGCGGAGGAUCGAGGCUGUGUGUGCCGCCGGCGAGAGCCCGCUCCAGCCCGGCUGGCUGGCUCACCACACCCUGGAGGACGCGUUCGACGGCGGCGGCUGCCUGGCGCUGGCCAACCGCUCCGGCCGACGGGCCGUGUACAGGCUGUUCAGCUGUAAUCUGUCGCCUGAGGUGGGCGCCGGAGGGUCAUCGCUGGCCGUUCUGUACGCGCUGAAACCCACCGGCGGUACGACAGCGGACGACUGCGCUCUGUGCGCCGACCUCGCCGUCCCGGCAGACGGUGACACCGUCAGCCGCGUGAUGCUGGCUUCGGCCGCCGCUGCCGCCGAGUACAGCUGGAAGGCCAGUGUGGAGUCGGACACCGACUCGGUCUUCUGCCUGACGCCGCUGUCCGCCGACCGGCUGCGGGGCGCGCCGCCGGCCGCCGCUCCGCCCGGCCCGGCCCAGGGCGGCUGGAUCACCCGACUGUACCGACUGAAGGGUCCGUCCGCCGGUCGGCCGCCGCGCCUCCGCUCGAUCGGAGUGUCCCUGCCGUCCGGCGGUUCGGCGCUGCUGGGCUACCUGGCCGUGCACGCCUGGCCAGGGUCGGAGACAGAGGGGUAGCCGCCGGCAGGACGUCAGGUCAGACCGGCAUACUUCUCUGUGGGAUACCGCAUCAGCCGCCAGCUCUGUGAUAAUUACAGCUUCAUCAUAAUAUUAAUUUGUACAGUGUGCAAUGACUUAUAAUGGGAUGCCUAAUUUUUAAUAUGUUAAUAAGUCAUUAAUAUAUGUGCGUAACAUUGUUCCCUAAAGUGUCGAGAGACGUGAUAUAAUUCUAUGAUAUUGAUUUUUUCGUAAAACAAUGUCCACCACCUUUGCAACGGGAUGCAUACGUUUAUCUUAUGUGGUGAUCCGUAUAAAUGUUGCAAGCACGCUAGUUUGCAGCGACGACCCCCUGAUCCUUGACAGAAGUUAAAAGACUACUGCAAUCAUAUGUGAUAUGUUCAUUAGUCAUCAUCUUGUCAACGCCCCUGGACAAAGAAACAAUAUAUUCACAUGUUGACA